GCUCUCCCCUGCCCUCAACCCUUCGAAUAUCUGGUCUUGUCUGGCCUCUCUGUCCGCGCAUCCCUGACCCUUUCGCGCUGCUGCCUUCGCCUUCGCAAUGUCUAUCAUCCUCGACCCGCCUGAGCUGGGCUUCCAGCGCCCCUUCGACCGAGAGGUGUGCCAGGUCCUGCACCUGAACAAUGAGAACGCCGAGUCUGUGGUGUUCAAGGUCAAAACCACCGCACCAAAGCACUAUUGUGUUCGACCGAACUCCGGCCGUAUUGAGCCGGGAAAGAGUGUCGAGGUCCAGGUCCUUCUUCAGGCCAUGAAGGAUGAGCCUGCCACCGAUGCCAAGUGCAAGGAUAAGUUCCUGGUUCAGACCGUCGCAGUUACUCCUGAGAUGGAAUACUCAAAUGUCACCUCCAUUUUCGAGAAAGCCUCUAAAUCGGCGAUCCAAGAGCGCAAGAUUCGCGUGAACUGGCUUUCUGCGGAGGACUCCGAACCUGCCGAGCAAGGGGCUGAAGCCAAUGGCACCAGUGUCCCUGAGGAGGAGCCCCCUGCCUACACUUCCCCCAACGCUACGUACGAGACGCCCGCCGUGGGCUUGACCAGCAAAGGCGCCAAUGACACGUCACCUAUCCCACCGCCGGAUUUCAGCGAUAAGCCCAGGCGCGAACUUCUUACCCCACAGGCCAACGAGGCUGCGUCUUCGAAAGUAGCCACUUCUCCGUCGAGCAUCGACCUGAAAUCACAACUUGCCGACGCCAACUCUCAGAUCCAGAGACUGAAGGACCGGCUCGCGGACCAGGGCCUCAGACAGAGGAAGAUCCCCGGCGAGACAGAGAAGUCCACCGCGCCAGCUUUGCAACAGCAAUCCUCCCAGGCUGUCGAGGCGGGUGUGCCGGUGCAGAUAGUCGCCGGCUUGUGCCUGCUAAGUUUCCUUAUUGCCUACUUUUUGUUCUAGCCGCCGAUCGCUUCCUCUGUCCCCCUUUAUUUUCCUUCAUAUUGUCAUCUUUCAAUUCACUUCUGCAAACCGCUUCUGUUCCUAUUACCCAUUUUACUUUACAGACCAACUGUGUUCCCUUCUAAAGUGUUCCCUU